ACGGGAGGCAGAGCAGAGAACGAGGGCGUCGGCCAUUUUGUGACUGUUUCCUGUGGAACGCGGUGGUGGCCGUUGGGUCCGAAGAGUGAGCGAUUUUUCGCUUCGUUUUUCCUGCUUAUUAUCGCCUCCCUUUUAGUUUGUAGAGCGCAGUUAUGGGUCGCAAGAAGAAGAAGCAGCUGAAACCGUGGUGCUGGUAUUGUAAUAGAGAUUUUGAUGACGAGAAGAUCCUUAUACAGCACCAAAAAGCAAAACAUUUUAAAUGUCAUAUAUGUCAUAAGAAAUUGUACACAGGACCUGGUUUGGCUAUACAUUGCAUGCAGGUGCAUAAAGAGACAAUAGAUGCUGUACCCAAUGCAAUACCUGGUAGAACAGACAUAGAGUUGGAAAUAUAUGGUAUGGAAGGUAUUCCGGAAAAAGACAUGGAUGAAAGAAGACGACUUCUUGAACAAAAAACACAGGCAGAGAGUCAAAAAAAGAAGCAACAAGAUGAUUCUGAUGAAUAUGAUGAUGAUGACUCUGCAGCUUCAACUUCAUUUCAGCCACAGCCUGUCCAACCCCAACAAGGUUAUAUCCCCCCAAUGGCACAGCCAGGACUACCACCAGUUCCUGGAGCACCAGGAAUGCCUCCAGGCAUACCUCCAUUAAUGCCAGGUGUUCCUCCUCUGAUGCCAGGAAUGCCACCAGUUAUGCCAGGCAUGCCACCUGGAUUGCAUCAUCAGAGAAAAUACACCCAGUCAUUUUGCGGUGAAAACAUAAUGAUGCCAAUGGGUGGAAUGAUGCCACCUGGACCAGGAAUACCACCUCUGAUGCCAGGCAUGCCACCAGGUAUGCCCCCUCCUGUUCCACGUCCUGGAAUUCCUCCAAUGACUCAAGCACAGGCUGUUUCAGCACCAGGUAUUCUUAAUAGACCACCUGCACCAACAGCAGCAGUUCCUGCUCCACAGCCUCCAGUUACUAAGCCUCUUUUCCCCAGUGCCGGACAGAUGGGGACACCUGUAACAAGCUCAAGUACAGCUUCAUCCAAUUCAGAAAGUCUGUCUGCAUCUUCUAAAGCUCUGUUUCCUAGCACAGCACAAGCUCAGGCAGCUGUCCAAGGACCUGUUGGUACAGACUUCAAGCCCUUAAAUAGUACCCCUGCAACAACUACAGAACCCCCAAAGCCUACAUUCCCUGCUUAUACACAGUCUACAGCUUCAACCACUAGUACAACAAAUAGCACUGCAGCUAAACCAGCUGCUUCAAUAACAAGUAAGCCUGCUACUCUUACGACAACCAGUGCAACCAGUAAGUUGAUCCAUCCAGAUGAGGAUAUAUCACUGGAAGAGAGAAGGGCACAGUUACCUAAAUAUCAACGCAAUCUUCCUCGUCCAGGACAGGCUCCCAUUGGUAAUCCACCAGUUGGACCAAUUGGAGGCAUGAUGCCACCACAGCCAGGCAUCCCACAGCAACAAGGAAUGAGACCCCCAAUGCCGCCUCACGGUCAGUAUGGUGGUCAUCAUCAAGGCAUGCCAGGUUACCUUCCUGGUGCUAUGCCACCGUAUGGGCAGGGACCACCAAUGGUGCCCCCUUACCAAGGUGGGCCUCCUCGACCUCCGAUGGGAAUGAGACCUCCUGUAAUGUCGCAAGGUGGCCGUUACUGAUCUCACUUCAUCCAAUCUAAUAGCCCUGCCAUAGGACAGGCUGAGGCUGAGUCUCAGUGUUGCCCUGUUCAGUCUGAGGCAAGUGGGAUUUAUUUUAUUCCUUAUAGGGGCUUUCACAGCUUGAUGGCUGUUGGAUAUUUAUGUCCCCAAACUUGCAGCAAGUUUGGUGAAGGCCCCUAAAUUUCAUUAAAAGUAGGAUUUUUAUACUCUUGGCAGAGAAGGCUCUAUAUUAAUAUUCACGUUUGACUGUGGUGUUAAUAAAAAGUAUUUGAUAUAUGUUACUUUGUGUUAUGUAAUAUUUAACAGCCUCGUAAAGCUGUUAUUGCUAUAUUGAACUUUAGUAAAUUGACAGAAUUUGACAUUCUUAAUUUGGAGGCAUGAAAUGUUUCAUUUAAAUUUUCCACUUUUCACUUUUAGGAAAACCUUGCUGGUUAUUUUAUCCUCAAACGAUUAAAUUUAACCUCAAGGAUAAGUUUAAUUAUUGGAAAUGCCACUGGAUACUGAAUGAAUCCUAACGUUAUGCAUUGAACACUGAGGUUGAAAGAUCAGGUGGAAAUGCUUUUGAUUUUUACUGUUUUCAAAACCUCACCACAUUAGAGCAAAUGUUAAUGUAGAGCCCUGUGGAAAGUGGGAAGGUGGUGUGUGUGUGGCAUGAAUGCGUAUACACUACACAUUUGAGAUAAUGAAAGAGUCUGGGUAUUGCAGACCUAUCAGUAUGGAUAGAUAACUAAUUUUCAGGUAGCCAGACUGAAUUCAUAUCGUGGUAAAGUUAGUAUAUUGAACUAUGGUUUUGAAAUGGUUAUUUUCAGGUUCAUUUUUAGCCUUACUGCACUAUAUUUUAUUCAAUAUGCAUAUAUGAGAAGUAUCCACAUUUCUUUUCAACUAAAGUUUGCUUUUAUUUGAUGAGAAAAGCCGUGUUUAUGUCUGUAUGUUGUAGUGGGUAAAGAGGGAACUGGAAGAGGUCAAAACAGAAACCUGGAUUAUUAUCUUUGUUCCUUCCUGUGUUUAAGCCACCAUUUUAUCCAGAUAGCAUGUUCCUCUGAACAGUAACAACAUACAGGACAAUGUUUAGCAAACCCAGAUUGUGUUUCUGUGUUGUUUUAAUUCUUGGAAGCAUAAAGAAAAAAAUAGCAUUAAAUGAAUUCCAAAUUUGCACCUGUUUAAUUAAAACAUAUGCUUUUCUCUGUAACUGAAUCAUGGGGGGGAAGAUUUUAAUGUCUGAUAAAAGAAUUUUGUCACAAAAAUAUUCCGUUGGAAUAUUUUAUAACCUACUCAAUAAUUAUACCUUUUAAGACUCCGUAGUUGGAGAUGUCUUCUGUUGCACUCACUAUCCACCAAUGUACUGAAAUAUUCAAGAGUGAAGUUGUUGGCAGAAUUUAUUGGGGAUAAUACAGUUAUCUAAAUUAAGAUGUAGUUUCUUUGAUAUUUCUGUAGGUCUGUGGCUCAAAUACGAUAUUAAGAAUUACAUAACUUUCAGGGGUCUAUUAUGUCCACUGGUAAAACUUGGUAAAUGAAAGGAAAUGUUAAGUCACCUCUUCACUGAGAUAAAAUUUUGUUUGAGUAAAUUAACACUUGUAUUGCUUAGGGAAUAAAAAAAAAAUUAAGCAUGUACCCUAAAAUUUUGUGUAAAUCAGGUAUGUCUUUUUUAAAAGGUGGUACCUACCUACCUAAUAUUGAAUAACCUUGUAUGUUAUUCCAAAAUGAAACCAUUUUCUCUUAACUAACUUUUAUGGAACAGUCUUUAAAAGGAGGGGUUCAGUUAUAAGACUGUUGAGUAUAAGAAAGAUUUUUGUAAGUAAAUAUUCCCUUAAUUAUACUUCUGCUUACUAACUCAUGACUUGAAUAUUAGUAAAGUUCACUGGUUUUUUUACCCCUUAGAUUUUUGUUUUCUGUCAUCUGAAUCAUUUUAAUAAAUAACUUGUUUUUCUAGCAUAGAAACCAUCUAAGUUUUCUGUGUAAUAUUUUUUGGCAAAAUAAGCAGUUACUUUAAUGAUACAUAUAUAUAGUGUUGUGAACAUACUGAUACUCAAAAUUUUGUAAUGUUGAAUUAUCAGAACUAUACUUUUAAUCUCUUGGCUCUUAAGUAUCCCCUAUUAUGGAUCUCAUUCAAAGUAAUGCAUAGGAAAUGAGGAAAACAAGACUUUAAGCUCCCUAAUACUGUAAAUAUCUCCAACUUUUCCAAGUCUUUUCAUGUUUUUGUACUUAGCAUUUUUGUUGGGAAAUAACAGGUUUGAAAGUAGCAUUUUUAAAAAACUAGAUUUCUUUAGUGGAGGGUCAGAAGAGAAUUAAUUGCUUUUUAUUAGCAUUGUUUUUCCUGCUCUGGGCUCUAUACAUUUUUGCAUAAUAAUUUGGCCAUAAAAGGAAGAGCUUUUCAUUUUCUUCCCAAUUCUGGAAAAUUAAUAGCUUGAAACUGUGUUAGUUUGAAAUUUUUGAACCAUUUUUAUAAAUCUGUUCAAUUAAUAAUGUGUCCUCAGGGGAAAAUACCUAUAUUUUGUUAAGCAAGAUGUAGAAGUCAUAUUAAGCCAGAAAUUGGAGACCCAAAGGAGAUCUUCAUUGAAGCUAAUUUGAACUAUUUGCAUUUGAAGCAAAUCAAAUACUCUUAUAAAAAAUCAAGACUGGUUCAUGUUAGGUUCUUUAGGAGGCAUGUAAUCACCAGCUAUCUUAUGAGAAUAUGUUUGUGUAUGUUUCUAUUUUGAUCAAAUUAACUACAGAGAAGAUACAUGUGAGUAAACGUUUAAUGAUGAUUAUGUGAAACCCACCCAUUUUCUAUUCUGUAAUGAUGUGUAAGGUGAUAAUGGCACAGCUUCAGCAAUGUGCUAUGUCAGGGGUUUGCGUAACGCUGUGUUUAUAAAAUGGUGAAUUCCUUUAUUGGAAAGCCCUUUGACAUUCUUACUGUGUCCAGGGUUUUUAAAAAGUCUGUAUGCCUUCACCUUCGGUGAAUUUUUGAGGAACUGGCAUUGAAAUUCAUUGAUGCCCAACUUGGAUAAAAAUGAAGAAUGGUGUGUCCUGCCUAGUGAACUACACAGACCAAUAGUGAUUAUUUGGGAGAGGCCAUUGUACUGUUUUGUUAGACUUAAGAACCUUAAAUGUAGUGAAAGGUAACUGCAUUCCUGCUCUUGCUUUGCAUUUGUUAUUAAUACUUCACCAAAUCAUUUAUUAUGAUGUAGUUUAUUCUCAAUAUUCAGAUACUUCAGCAAUCAGAUGAAAAUAAGAUUUGCAGCAUCACACCCCAGUCUCUAAUAAAACAAGGCUGCUUAACUACACAAGUGAAGCAAGGGAAGGGUUAUUAAAGUUCUCUUAAGUUUGAGUUAGAAAUGAGACAUGUAGUUAUUGAGGAAAGCCUCCCUUUUAGCUGUUAGCUUGCUUUAGCGUACUUCUAGGAGAAGCAAUAGAAUUUACUUUUCAACCCAUGUUUUUGAAAUUGAAAAUAUAAGAAAGUGAAAUCAGUUUUUUGAAAAUCGAAUUAGAAACUAUUAAAAAUUGUUUGCCUCUGUGGGGUGUGUCUGCAUAUACUUAAAAUUUAGAAAUUAUCACAUUAAAGAUUUUUUUCCCUAGAUAUAUGCCCCCCCCUUUUUAGAGUAAGCAAAAUUUCCAUGUAAUGCACAUUGGAAUUCAUAGUUUAUUAAAAUUGAGCUGUAUCCAAGACAUAUACAGUGUUAUUAACUCAUUCUCAUAAGGUCACUCUAACAGCUAAUAUAAAGUAAUUUUUGUAAGACAUAGAGAAAGGAAUUUUAAUGUAUUAAUGUCAGGCUCUGAGGAAAUUUAAUGCACAUUGACUUUUUAAAGUAUGGCUUGAACUCCUCAGUUUAAUACAAUUUGUGUUUUUGUUAACUAGCAGCAGAAUUUCAGCAUUUGCUACUUACUGGUAGAGAAGAAAAAUCCCACAGCCCUGCCAGUACAGGUUAGUUUAAUCUGUAAGUACCUGAUGUUCCUAUUUUUUUCAAACAUAUCCAUAUAACCCACACAAGGAAGAAAGCUGUGCAGUUUCUUAAAUGUGAGUAUAACUCUUAGAUCCAUUGGACACUUUCAGACACUCAAUACUUGGGCCAAUUAGCUCUAGGUUUGUUAAAUACAACUUAAGUUGUAAUAAAGGUGUAAUUCUCCUUUAUUACCUGAUUGUGGUUGGACUUAAAUAGAUAACAUUGUACAUAAGAGGAAAAGACAGUGAAAGUUUCUGUUGGCUGUGUGCUCAUUUUGGUAUAUGAUAAGGAGUGCAGGGCUUGGAGUCCAGGGCCUUUUAACCUAAGCCACUUCUGUGGUGGUACUCAUUUACCUUUUAACUUUUUACAGUAUGAAUCAACCUAAAAAAGUCAAGUUUCCUCAUUUCUAGCAAUGAUAAAUGGUGUGCAGUCAUAAACUAGAAAAUGUUUUUAUAUUGCUGUUUUGUGUUUUUAGUACUUGCUGUAAAUAAGUACUAAUUUUGUUCCUCUUUUUUGUAAACUAUAUCCUAGUCUAUUGGUGCACCACCACCAUUUGUUCAUUUUAUUUUGAACUAAGAGUAACAAAUCUUUUAAAUACUCAAAUGAAAGCUGACCAUCAAGAAAACUAGAUUGAUUCUUUGUGUAUUUCUUUUGAGGGGCAGUGGGGUUGUAACAGGUUGUAAAAGAUAUGUUAAAGUUUUACUUUCAUUGGUUCUACCAGAGUUCAUUGUUUUGAACCACCCUUGAGAGAUUUCCUUUAACCGUUAAAUAUUGUGCUCUUAUGUUGAUAAAAAUUUAAUAUCGAGGAGAGAAGAAUCAAGUGUACAACUUAGUUUAUACAAGCCUAAACCAUCCUUCCAAUCUGUAGCAUUGACUGGGAUGCAUGGCUUCCUCCUUUACACCUUAAGUGUAAUGCUGUCUAAUUUGGGACAGUAUCCAUACAACCAGCUGAUCUUGUACUCCUAUUAAAUUGGGAUAGUGAUUAGCCACUGAAAAGACAUUAUCUUAAUGUUAUUUUAUGUGAAAGUCAUGCAUUCAGUUAAAUUUUUUCAAACCUCAAUUUAUCAACAUAAAAUAUAUUUUAUAAGAUAUCCACUUGUUUUUAAUAUAAAAUUGCCUAAGGGCUUAAGUUUCAUUGCCUUUCACAGUUUAAUCUGUAUAAGAAAUGGCGUAGAUACAGUGAAAAUGGUUUUCCUUAAAACCAUCUCUUUAAAGCUGCCUUUCUGGUGAGUACUGUUUUAUACUUUUAUAUAUCACAGUUUUUCCUUUUAAAUUUAACUGAAACAGGACACUUUGACCAAAAGUGAGCAAUCUGGAUUUCUACACACUCUUUAGACAUUACCUGAGUUGGGAAUAUUAAGAAUAAGAAGGUGAUUAUUUUACUUCCUCUAGCAUUUCCCUCAUAAUCUGGGCUAACUUUUUUUCUGACCUCCAUUUAACAGACUAUAACUACAAAAACUUAACACAUAAAUUAUUUCCUUUUGGUGAGAUGGAAAAGUUUUUACUCAAAACUGUCUAGCAUUUACAAUUCUUUUAAGCUGAAAAUUUUCUUCUUAGUUGAUAGCCAAAAGAUUUUUCUCUAUGCUUUUGGUUCCCAUGUUGCAUAGGUGUCAAAUUUAAAUACCAGGAUUCCUGUCUGUUCUUGGUUGCAGCUCCUGUUGCAGUGAUUUGUAGGCAGUUAAGCUGAGGGUGGGGUUGAAGGAGGGCUGGCCUAAAAUAUGGUUAUGUGGGCUAAUUGCUUACAGGAUUCUCUUUGAGACUUGAAAAUUGCCAAUCUAUUCUUUUAAUUUUUGUUUUUCAUGUACAGUUGACAUUCAAUAUUAUAUUAGUUUCAGGUGUACAGCAUAGUGGUUAUAUAAUUUACAGUGAAUUCCCCCUGAUAAGUCUUCCAGUGUAUUUUUAAAUCACUCCUAAUCUUGCAUGAAAAACUUAGCUUAGAAAUACUGAUUUUUGGGACUUGUAUACCAGUGAAAAUUAGCUUCUCGUUAUAUUUUUAGUUAUUUUAUGCCCUGUUUAAUACCUUCCUUUAGUGUAACACAUGGAUUUCUUCCCGUCUAGUCUUUAGCCACAUCCUAGCUAGUGUCAGUAAAUGCUAAUGAUGUUUCCAUAUUUUAUCUCCUGCUGAUCUUGGUAAACCAAAAUGAAGAGUCAACUCUAAUGCUUUUUAGUAUGAACAAUGAUAGUGUUCUAAAAUCUGAGAAUUGAUAUCUGAGUAUGUGAUAAUGGUGAUGUAUUCUUCUAGAUAAGCACUAAACAAAGUAUGGACCCCCAAUUUAUGUCUUUAAGAUUUAAAGUGAAGUAAAUUUCUAAGGAACUCUGUCCUUUCCUAGCAAGGAUAAGCAGACAUUGAAAAUUUGGUAAGUAUUUAACUUGAAAUGCAUGUGGUAGUGCUGAGAGUAAGUAGCCAAAUUGCCAUAGUUUAAGAUAACAUUUAGACAUGAACAAGAAUUUUCGACUCCCCUUUGCGACCUAAUGUUAUGUGUGUCUAGCAGCUUUAUAAAUUUGUGUGCAAAAUAAUUAAAUUGAAAUGUACCUUACCCCUUUA